AUGUCCUCGAUUGGUGGCUACUUGCAGAGGAGGAAGUCAACACGGAAGCUCGCGAAAGUCAAGGCGGCUACAGAUACUACGGCUCUAGCGGAGGCUUGGGACACUAUGACAUCACGGACGACCAGUACCUGGUCCGCUACUACAUCAACGAGCAAGCAGACUGAAUCGAAGGCCACAGAGCACAAUCACCAGACACAGGUACCCUCAGUCCAGAAGCUUCGUUCUUCUCAUUUGACUGUACCCAAGCUCCGAUUGCACCAUCCACAUCCCCCUCCUCAUCACCACACACCAGAAAUCCAUCCUAUCGUGCUAGCAUCUCCCGUAGCUCAGCAUGCGCAACGUUCUACCGAUCCCAGACCUCCGCCCACUCGCCGCGAAACCACUUCGAAGUCCAUGGCAAGCCUCCGCCGCGCCAUUGCCCAACCCUUUCGCCACACAGAAUCUUCCUCAGGCAAUACACCUCCCACUGAAUACUUCUUCCAGGAAGAGCCAAGCCAGCCAAGUCGGCUGGGGCAAGUGAACUCGCAUACCUCUUAUGUGAUCAAUCCUUUCAGCUUUCGUCAUGGACUCGCAGAGCAGGGUGAAGUUGUAGCAAGGGCAGGUCAAGAUGAAGAAUCAAACGAUAUAAGACAAGGGUGCGACAUCAGCCGGGAGGAUAUCGCUCAGAGCAGAAAGAAUACAGAGGAAAGCCCAGGUUCGUGGAGGCGCUCGAGCGGUGGCGUAUUCUUCGCGACGAAGACUAGAGAUGCUCCCUGUAACAACAGGGAUGAACCAGUGAAGACGGUCCUGGUCUCCAGAUCGAGGUCAAUCGUGAAGAAGCCCGCAUACCUCGACCUGCCUGUCCCUACCGCCAGCCUUUCGUUUUUGGAGGAGAUGCAAAGGGAUGGACUGUGUAUCGAAGCUUCGAGCGACAAACCGUAA